AAACCGAGAGAGUGGGCCUUUCAGAGUUGCCAUCUAGGCCGUACCGUCCAAAAUUUCGAAAUGGACCUACCUCAGUUAUACGCCAAAUACAACGAACUCCAAAAAACUGAUAAUAUGUUCGUUUUGGAUAAUUUUUUGGACGUUUCGCAAUGGCAAAUGGAAGAAGAAACUGCUUUCGAUAUCGGCUGUGGAGAUGGGAAAUUUUUAAUUGAACAUCUCGUUCCAAAACUGCCGAAUUUUGGAAAAUUCGUGGCUUGCGACUGUUCUGAGAAAAUGAUAGAGUUUGCUAGAAAAAAGUACUAUAUGCCGAGGGUUGAUUUUGUCAAAUUUGAUGUUAGUUCGGACGAAAUACCUGAAGAAUUUGAGAAUAGCUUUAAUCAUAUUUAUUCAUUCUAUGCGCUGCAUUGGGUCAGGAAGCAAAGGAAGGCAUUUAAAAAUAUAUUUAACAUGUUAAAACCAGGUGGAGAUAUUCUCUUGUGUUUUAUUGCAAAAUCCACUAUAUACGAUAUAUACGAAAGUUUGUCGAAAUACCAACAGUGGCAGCAGUACUCAGUUAAAGAAUACAUAUCACCCUACCAUCAUCUCCAGGAUCCUGAAAGUCACCUGGAAAAACUUUUAAAAAAGAUUGGAUUUGAAAUCAAAGUUUGCAAACUAGUCCGAAGGUCCUUCUUGUUUCCUAAUAUGGAGGUGUUUACAAACACAAUAACAGCCGUAAACCCCAUCAUUCCAAAACUGCCGCCAGAUGAAGUGAAAACAUACUUGCAAGAUUUCAUGGCCGAAGUCAAAAGCCACAAAAAAGUCAUUUUUGAAAAUUUAAAUAAUAACAACGACAAUGACACGGUUAGAGAAUUUCACAAAAUUUUCGUAGUCGUUGCCAAAAAACCUUUAGAUGUCUAAUAAAAAUGUAAAAAAUUAUGGUAGGCAAUAUUCAUCGUAGUUAGUUAAUAUACCAACAUAAAAACUUAAAAAUUACUUAAAUAACAAAAAUCUUUUAAGAACUUAAAAUAUUUAGAGUUACUUAAUAAAGAUCCAUAAAGUCAAGUGAUACUGCAUUGUUUAUACAUUAAUGAUAAACAUUUUUUCUCAAAAUCCAAAAAUAAUCAAAACACAGCUUUAUCACUUGCAUCUUAACCUACAGGUACCUGCUAAAACUGUUAAUAUCUUUAAAUAUUGAAGUUUUAACUAAUAUACUAACUCUAAUUUAUGACUAUGUAUUUGAUUGUAGUUUUAGUUAAGUAGAUUUUAUAUUGUAAAUUUAACUUCUAAAUAUCCCAGUUUUGCCGGUCAAAUAAAUAUCUCGAUUUAACAGAAUAAACAAAAAAUCAAUAAUUCUUCAGAAAAAGUUUUAGCAAUUUAAAAAGAUCUCGAAAGUACUUCUCCACCACAUCUCAAAGCUGGCAAGUCUUUUUUACUGAAAGGAUAGAGAAUACUCAUAAUACGCUAGUCCUAAUUUCUAUUCUUUGUCUUUCAUUGCGUAAUACUGCUUUCAUAUUUUUGAAACUGCUUCUGGACAUCUCAAUGCGUUGUUUUUUUUAAUGCCGCGGUCCCAUUAUUCAUUUAGCACACAUUUCCAAUAAUUGUAUCUGAGUACUUUCUCUAAAGUUUUUUCUUAAAUGUAGGUUGUUUCGUCUUUAAUUUUGUUCUUACUAUUAAUCAUAAUUUUUUGUGUGUAUUCAGAGCCAUGUCAUACCUCUCGCAGCCCUGUGUAGUGCGAUCAACCAAAAUUUACAGCUCUUCUGUGCUGUAUACAAUGAGAAUUGUAUUGUCGUCAUAUCUAAGAUUAUUCACUAGUUUUCCACUUGAGAAAGGCACUUUGCCGAAACAGCUGUAGAAAUAACAUAGUUGUAAUAAAUUUUGUGGAAGUAUAGAAAAACAAACGUUUUUCAUUGUUUUAUUGUGAGAUACGAUAUUUUUGCUAUUUUAUAUGCUAAAUAAUAAUUUUAAGAAGAUAGUAUCUAUCAUAUAUAGACAAUAUAGUACCAAGGGACUAGUAAAAACCAAAUGAGAAAGCACUAAAACGUACAAAAAAAUGACAAAUCCAUGGGACCGGAUGAAAUACCUACAGAACAUAGAAUCACAUUGAUAUGCUAGUAGAAUUAUUCCACGAAAUUUAUUAUACCGGGGAAAACUCAAAAAACCCUUUGCAAUGAAAUGUGAAGAAUAUAGAAUGAUUAACUUGAUGGGCCGUGUUUUAAAAGUCUUCUUAUGCGAGUGAUACAUGAACAUGUCUUCAAAAAACUAAACGAUAGAAUAAUAGGAAACCAACUGUGAUUUAGAAAAGGCUUUGGCACUAGAGAGGCAUUAUUUAAUAUACAAACACUCAUAAAACGGUAUCGAGAUGCCAACUGUGACAUAUUCAUGUGUCUAUGUAUGACUUUCAGAAAACCUUCGACAAAAAAACAACACAGAAGGAUUACAAUCAUAUUACGGAACACAGAAAUAGAUGAUCAGGAUGUGAGAAUGAUUGCAAAAUUUAUACCGAUAUCAGAAAGCCGCAUAAUACGAGUAGACCAACAAAAAUUUAAAGAGAUACUCGUCUAUAAAAAGAGGAGUACGACAAGGAUGUUUACUAUUCCCUCUACUUUUUAAUAUGUGCUCAGAAGAGAUGUUUAAAGCGGAACUAGAAGAUAUCAACGAAGGCAUAUGAAUUAACGGAAAACUAGUGAAUAAUCUUAGAUAUGACGACAAUACAAUACUUUGCCGAAACAGCUGUAGUAAUAACAUAGUUGUAAUAAAUUUUGUGGAAGUAUAGAAAAACAAACGUUUUUCAUUUUUUUAUUGUGAGAUAAAAUGAACUUCCAUCAAGUAACGGUCGAAUCCAUCAAAAAUAUCGUAGCAACAACAUUUUACUUAAGGGAAAUGGCGCAAAAUCUUGUCUGUCAAUAUUUUCAAUGUGUUUUAAAUGAAUUCAUUUUUUUUCGAAUUUUGAGAAAACUAAUAUGUAUUUUUGAAAAAUAUAAACGCAGAAUGAAAGAUUCCGUUAUUACCGAGGGCUGAAAGUCCUUUAGAAUAAAUAAAAAGUUUUUUUAAAUGAAAUAUUUGCAAUUAAAAGUCUCACUAAAUUUACUCUUUUAUUUUCCCCCCUGUAACUUAUUAAAAUAAACAUUAUAGAAGUUUUCAGGCACUUUCGACCCUCAGUAAUAAUGUAAUCUUUCAUUCUGCGUUUAAAUUUUUUAAACAUGUUUAUUAGUUUUCUCAGGAUUCGCAAAAAAUUAAUACAUUUAAACACAUUAAACAUGUUGACAGGCGACAUUUUGCGGCUAUGCCCUUAAAGUAAGAAUGUUUUAUAAAUGUAUAAGAAAUAGACACAACCCUGAAGAGUUACUGAUAUUUUUUUUAAUUAUGUAUAAAGAAUAAAUGUUAUGUAAUGUAGAGUAAAUAAUAGAUAAUAAUCAAAAUUAAAAUUUAAUUAAAAAAUAUCUACAAACUAUACAGCAUACGAGAUAUUAUUUAUGAGUUGCAUUUUAGCAAGUUUUAUAUAAAUUUUUCUUAGAAAUAAACAAUUAUUUUUGAAAAUAGAUUAAUUUUAUUUAAAAGUUUAGUU